CCCAACGUCUACCGCUCCAUGAAGUCCCCCGGCAGAUUCUCCGAGGUACUACUCCAUCCACUGCCACUGCCACUGCCACACAAAAACUUCCUCUAAAGUGAUCAUCGGUUCUGACGCUCAGCUUCGCCAUGGCGACGCUGCUCAACGUGAUCGUGGGCAUAAUCGGCUCCGUGAUGUUUGGAGCGCAGACCAAAGCCCAGGUUCACCUCAGCAUGCCGCCCAAUCUCCUGGCGUCCAAAGUGGCCAUCUGGGCAACGCUCAUCACCCCCGUCACCCAGUUCGCGCUCUUCCUCUCGCCCAUCUCGUGCGAGCUCGAGGGUGUGCUGCUGCCGCGGCUGCCGUGGAGGAGCGACUCCAGGCUCGUGCACGCCGCCUCCAUGGCGCUGCGGACGGCGCUGCUGCUGGGCAUCACCCUGGGCGCGCUCGUCUUCCCAUACUUCGCAAACAUCAUCGAGCUCAUCGGCUCCUCUGUGAGCGUCACGCUGUGCGUCGUCUUCCCCUGCGUCUUCUACGUCAAGAUCUUCUACCGGAGCUUGAUCCAGGCGCAGCAGCGGUGGAGGCUGGUGGGGAUCGUGGGGAUUGUCGUGGUCAGCGCGCUGGCUGGGGUCGCGGGCACCGUGGUUUCCAUCCAGGACUUGGCGCGCAAGAAGAACUAGGAAGUAGAGAAUUUUGGAUUGAGCAAAAAAAGAAAAAAUGCGUUGACGUUGACGAC